AUGAAGCAGGCUAUUCACAUCACUACUUGUCGAUUUUGCACAAAGGGACUAGAGAGUGCAAAAUACUUGCACAAAUAUGAGCAUGGCUUUGAGAAUGAGACCGGAGGUCGCAACAUGAGUGUCAGGGUGUGGAUGAUUGAGUUCGAGGGCAUCGACACGCGCAUUCACUUGCAGGUGAUAGGGGCAAUAGGUCGCUGCCGUGAACUUAGAGUUGAAGAUCCAAGGGGAGUCAUGGGAACCUUCAGUGUUGAUGGCUUCAAGCAGCUUUUAACAAUCUGGAUCCUGCUUUCAACCGCAGGUGUGUAUUGUGAGCGGGAGGGCACUGGACACUCCAAAGAAGACUCUCGCUCCCUCCGCAGGCUUGAAGAGUUAGAAGACUCUAUUGUAGGCACCGAGAUAGAUGCAUAUAUCAUUCAACCUGGUGUGCUAGAGAGACUCAUCAAAACCUCUCGAUGA